GCAUGUGCACCUCGUGCGUGCGUGCUGUGGUGAGAACCGUUGAGCACAUUGCGAGUGCACGCGGUGCGAGGACGCGGACGCGUGCGGGCGUGCGCGGGUCCGGUGCGGUGCGGCGCGGCGCGGCGGUCCAGGCAGUGCGCCUGUGCAGCCAGCGCAUCCCGAUGGAGCGCGCCGGCGGCUGCGGGGCGGAACCUGGGACGGAGGGGACUGCGCGGGGCCACCAGUUCCCCGGGAAGAUGGCCGAACCGAGUGCGGUGCGGACCUCGCCACCCAACCACCGACUUUCAGGCAUGGAUGGCUUUUUAAGGUCCGAUGAGAGACAAAGACUAGCUAAAGAAAGAAGAGAAGAAAGAGAAAAAUGUCUCGACAGUGAACCUGUGCUGUGUUCCGGGCACUGUGCAGAUAGCAUGGUGAAGAGUGGGAAGCAGCUGCUGCCCCCGCACCUUGGGCAUCCACUGCGUGCUCUCACUCAGCACUAUGAUGUUGCAAACAUGACUGUCCCCACUUCACAGAGGGGGAUACCAAAGCAGAACAGUUACAUGGUUAACAUGCCGAGGGUCACCCAGCUAGUGGCCGAGGUGCCAGAACCCCUCAUCUCGAAACGAGCCAAGCUCCAAUAUGAAAAACAAAUCGAGGAGCGCUGGCGGAAGCUGGAGGAGCAACGACAGCGGGAGGACCAGAAGAGGGCUGCCGUUGAAGAGAAGAGGAAGCAGAAGAUCCGGGAGGAGGAGGAACGGCUGGAGGCGAUGAUGCGCAGAUCCAUAGAGCGCACACAGCAGCUGGAACUGAAGAAGAAAUGCUCGUGGGGAACUUCUCCAGCUACAGGGCCAGCAGGACGUGAAGCAUGUGACAAACUUUCAACAUCAACCAUGAAUUUGCCAAAGCAGACGGAGACUCCCAUGAGUAAGCGCCUGUCUUCAUCCACCGCGGCAAUAUCCUAUUCCCCAGACCGAGCUCAUCGCAUGCACCUUAGUCCCACGGAAAACUUUCUUGUUAUGCGACUGUUGACACCCACACAGGCUUCUUUAGCCAGAAGCAGAAGCACACUCAUGCUCUCUGAGCAGGCCAGUGACUCAGCUCCUGCUGGCCCUUUUAAACCUUCUUACAAGUCCUCUGCGACUCAGAACACCGAGAGGAAGAAGGUUACAUCAACAUCUGGCGUAGGAGAUGGUGGAAAAGAAGUCCCAGCAGGAGCGGAGGCCUCUCCGACGGAGAAGACGAAGAGAGGGCCGAGAACAACAACUUCCAUUCCCAGCGUGAGCCCUGGGUCCCCUCUAAAAAGAUGCAACUUUCCAACAGGCAUUUCUAAGAGAUCAUCUUCUCCCGUGACACCCAAGGGAACUUCAAGAGUAUAUCCACAGUCUCCAAAGAAUGCGAAGCUGCCAUACCCAGGGUCUCCCGUGAAGUACCGUUUACCUGCUUUUCCCAGCCUGGACACGCCUAAGAAGAAAGCAGAGAAAGAGAAGAGCAACAAGGAGAGGGAGGUGGCCCUGGCUCCGUGGGAGACUACCCCAAUGUGGGAGGAUGUCCCAGAGAAGCACAUGGUGGACAAGCAUUUCACUGAGAAGCACGCAGCUGCAUGUGGGAAGGCCGAGAGCAGCGGAGCCUCAUGGAAGCCCACAGCAGGUACCACCGAUGCAGAGGAAGCCGCAAAGAUCUUGGCCGAAAAGAGACGACAGGCCCGGCUGCUGAAAGAACAGGAAGAGUAUGGGGGUGCUCAGAGUUUUGCCGCGAUCUCGUGUAAAAGGCUGUGGUGGAAAGAGCAAUUCAUCUUCCUUUCUCGAGUUUUGGAAUUGAUAAAACCUCGGGAAAAGUAUAGGUCUGUGUGGCAGGUGUUCAGGAGACUGCAUCUCCUAGUAGAUGUCAUUAACAGCGAUGGAACUUGGCCCUUUUCAGAUGACCUGGAAACUCAUAGCUCCUGGAGCCAGCAGCUUCCCAUUCUCCAUGUGUCUCAUAUGCACCUCAAAUUGAACAUUUUCGAAGCAGAUCUGAUCUUUGCCCCAAACUUCCUGUUCCCUUCACAAGUUGUGUCUCCGAAUCUCCAGCACCCAAAUCGGAAGUGUCGGAGCCAGCUCUCUUUCGUCCUUGCACCUGGCUCUUUGGCAAUUUGUCUUUUGAGCGUGUCAUUGUCUUCUAACAACAGUUAUGUUGUCAAAAGGCUGGAGAAAGAGGAAUUGAAAAGAAAGGCAGAGGAGGAAAGACUUCGCCUAGAAGAAGAAGCCCGUAAGCGGGAAGAGGAAAAGAAGCGGCAGGAAGAGGAAGAGAAAAGACGGGAGGAAGAAGAGGCCAAGAGGAAGGCCAAGGAGGAGCUGAUGUUGAAAGAAGAGGAAGAAAAGGAAAAACAAGAAAAAGAAAAGCAAGAAAAAGCCGUAAUUGAAAAGCAGAAGGAAGCAGCAGAAGCAAAGGCCCAGGAAGCAGCUAAACAGAUGCGUCUGGAAAGAGAACAGAUCAUGCUGCAGAUUGAGCAGGAGCGACUGGAGAGGAAGAAGAGAAUAGAUGAAAUCAUGAAGAGAACAAGGAAGAGUGACGUGUCUCCAGAAGUGAAGAAGGAAGACCUGACAGUGGAGCUUCAGCCUGCUGUGUGCGUGGAAAAUAAGACAAAACCAGCUGUCCCGGACAAAAUAGAAAUCAAUGGAUUGAGCACCUGCCAGGAGGUUAACGGUGUGGAGUGUGCUGCCCCAGAAACUGUCCCCCAAGACAUUUUCUCCAAUGGGCUUAAACCAGCUGGGGGACUUGUUCAUCUGGACGCCCUUGAUGGGAAAUCAAACAGUCUGGAUGACUCAACCGAAGAAGUUCAGUCUAUGGAAGUGAGUCCUGUUUCAAAAGAAGAGCUUAUCUCCAUCCCAGAAUUUUCACCAGUGAGUGAAAUGAUUCCUGGGGUGUCUCUGGACCAAAAUGGAACUGGUAAUGCCCGAGCUCUUCAAGAUCUCUUAGAUUUCACCGGCCCCCCCAUGUUCCCCAAGAGAUCCAGUGAAAAUCUCAGCCUGGAUGACUGUAACAAAAACCUGAUCGAAGGAUUUAACAGUCCCAGCCAAGAAAAUACUCUGAACACCUUCUGUUGA